UCGCGCAUUGCACGUCGCGACGCGUUCCUAGUCGGACGCACUUCUGCUCCUUUCUGGCGGCGAGGAAAGAGAGAGAGAAGAGGCAAGGAACAACGAACGGACACGAGAGUUUUCGGUUGAUUGUUGGAUCCGUUUUCAUCGGGGUCGUGGGACAGUUCUUCGAGGAACACGGAACAGAGAGGCUCGAAGACCGUAAGAUGAUGACGAAGUGCGACAAUUUCAGUCUGAGUUGACAAGGGUUCGUUUCAGAAGAGGCUACAUAGAUCAACGCAGAAACUAAAGCAUCGUUGCAGCGAAACGUGUGAGAAGCAAUCAUGGAUCCUUUCUCGUUGAGUGUUGAACGCGAGGCGUCGAAGAACAUCGAAGAAAAUGAAAGAGAGUGCUUCAAGGAUGCGAUCGUGUCGAGCAGAAGCCUCAAUAAAGGCUUCACCGAAACGACAACUAUCAGAAAUGCCAUACCUGAGAUCGCCGCCUGCAUCAUAGCCGCGACUUUCCACAUAUCGGUGGGUUUCAGCAUGGCGUACUCGGCGAUCCUCAUUCCUCACCUGGAGGCCGCGGAUGCGGAAUUGCACGCCACUCAAGAGGAAACUUCCUGGAUAGCCAGCGUGGUGGUAGUGUGUACGCCUGUGGGUGCCUUAAUGGGCGGCUUCCUGAUGGAGAUAUUGGGAAGGUUAAGGACUCUUCAAAUAGGCGUGAUUCCCUGCGUGGCGGGAUGGAUCCUCAUAGCACUUUCAACGAACAUUCCGAUGCUUUUGGUCGGUCGACUAUUGACUGGACUGUCCACCGCUCUAGCAACUUCUCCUGCUAUUGUCUACAUCACCGAGGUAGCACGGCCAGAAUUGAGGGGUUCGAUGAUAUCUUUCGGACCGACUCUGGCCUCUUUUGGAAUGGUACUCUCGUACGUGAAGGGAGCAUACAUACAUUGGAGAUUGGUAGCCUGGAUCAGCAUUAUUUACGCCGUCGUGCCGAUCAUUUUGGUAGAAUUGUUCGUCCCCGAGUCCCCUGUGUGGCUGGUCUCCAAGGGUCGAACGGAGGAUGCGAAAAAGUCGCUAGAAUGGCUGUACAAAUACGAACCAAAGCAAGGGAAAGUGUCCGCCGCGGAAGCGCAAUUGACAACGAUCAUGAAGGAGAAAGAAAUCAAACUUAACGAGCAGAGGAAGAGCAAACAUGGCGGCCUGUCCACAAAGAUGAGAGCAUUCUUGAAGCCUACCGGAUGGAAGCCAAUGACGAUACUCUUUCUGUUCUUCUUCUUCCAACAGUUCUCCGGAAUUUACAUUACUCUCUUCUACGCUGUCACGUGGUUCCAAGAAGUUGGCGCUGGCGUGAACGAAUACUUGGCCUCGAUUCUAGUCGGUGUGACGCGUUUCCUGUGUUCGAUGGUGAACACGUGGCUGCUGAGGCGAUUCCGGAGACGUCCGUUGUGUAUAGUCUCGUCCUUGGGAAUGGCGGCUUGUAUGACCGUUUCCGGUUACUUCACUCUCCUUAUUAGGGACGGCGAUCGGUCUGGCUACUGGGUACCUGUUCUUUGCCUGUUGCUAUACGUUUGCACGUCUAUGGUCGGCAUGCUGACUAUUCCAUGGACCAUGACCGCGGAACUGUUCCCAACCGAGAUCAGAGGAAUAGCUCAUUCCAUCAGCUACUCGAUAGCCAACAUGCUGAUGUUCGCUGCUCUGCAGAGUUACAGAAGCUUGCAAAGCUUUUUGGGUGGGUCCUACGCUGUGCAAUGGUUCUUCGCCGGCAUUUCACUUGGCGCCGUUGUUUUCGUGUGGCUGUUGCUGCCUGAAACGCACGGCAAGAAGCUCUCCGAGAUCGAGGAGUACUUCCAAAAUAAUUUCUUGGCCGUUGGAGCGAAGUCGGAGGCCCGAAAGCAACGCGCGAGAAGGAGAAACAAACGGAAAGGACCCACUGCUCUCACGCAGCCGCUGAACCCGUCGCAUUCGAAAACGAUGCAGAACGUUUAAAAAGUCUUCUUUCGCACGGGCUGGAACCGCGACAAAGAACCCCUAGGCCGUAGGUGCUAUCCGAGUUGUACGUAUACUACUAAUUCUACACGUGACAUGCGUAUAACGUUUUAGUUGAAGUUACCUUUAGAAACGAUAGAAGCGCGAUUUAGUCGCGCGCAGAUUUUAUAUGAAUCAAGCACCGAAUCACCUUGGUUUCAUUAGUUACGUCUGUAGUAGCGUGUCAGAGUCGAGGGAGACGAGAGGGGUGCUAUAUGAAGUGUAUCGUGAAACUGCAUGGUUUCCUAAUUAAACUUUGCUUUCGCUUGAAUCGUAUUCGUGUAAACGACUAAUUAGUGUCCUGUUAGUUCGAGGAAAAAGGAUUUUGAACACGAGGGUGACAAUUUAAAAGAAGCGUACCAUGAACAAAUUAACACGUUGACUACCAGACCGAAACCGUAGAAUUCUCUAUGAGACUGAAACUUCGAUUUUAGACAAUUACAUAACCUAAAAUUUGUAUUUGGUAUACCCUUUUGCAACCUCGAUAAAAUUCAUAACUCGAGGCUUCGUUCGUUUUAAUUUCAUAGUGAAAGGUUCUGUCACCCAUGUAUGGGUGGCGACACCUGGCGGUCAAAAGUGUUAACGUACCCGCUUGGAUUUGCAUCAUCCCUUCGAAGUUACAUGAUGAACGAUGAGUUUUUUUCCGUUGUUGCUAACGUCGUAGAAAUUUUUUAGAAAAAUGUAUCCCACGGCGUUAGUGGAUUUAUCAAAUUGAUUUCUGUAACUGUUUAUCUUUUGUUCCGCAAUAACAACCACUUUGUUACAUACUAGUCUACAUGGUAUACAUUUAUAGAAUUCAAGCUUUUUGAUGUUUGGUGGAAAGUGCUCAAGACAAAAUCACAUCAAAAUGAUCUACUAAUUAGUACAAUGGCGGCUAUCGAUAUCUUGCAACCUAACCAGAAAUUCAAACGAACUUUAUUGCAUGCUUUAAAUUGAAAACUACUAUUUACAUUGCCGCAUUCUGUUUCUUUUAUGUGUUCCUUAAUAUUUUCAGUAAUUGUACAGCAUAAGGGAAGCAGCGCCAACGAUCUUGAUCUUGAUCUUGACCUUGAGAUUCAUUGUAUUGGAUAUCCUAAUUAACCUUCGGAAGGUUUUAGCAGUAUUGUUUAUGAUAAUGUUCUUAACAAAAAAAAGUUUCAUCAAUGUCAUGUAAUUUUUUGACAUUGUAUAAAUUAAAAUAUGGGAUUUGAAUUUGAGGUUACAUUAUAGUUUGGACCUGAUAUAUAUUAUAGUAAUUCUAUUUAUUUAAUUAUAAAUAUAUAAGUCGUAUUUUUCAAACAUCUUCCUAAAACCUGUUAAAAUUUUGGGUAUUAAAGGGUAGAUUGCCAUAAUUCAGUUUGCACAAAACUGGAUUCAUCGCGUCAGAGACAAAAGAAGCGAUCACACGUUUCUUGCUCUAAAAAAAGAAGACGUGCAUUUAGGCUCUAAAUAGAGCGCGCUCUGCCGGCAUGUCGGCCCAACCAAAACUGUUUUUAAUGCUUAAAUACAACAAAACCUUCUGAAAGUUAAUUAAGAGAUAUUCUCUGCAACAUAUGUUAAUAUCAAGGUCAUCGGAGCUACUUCUCCCAUACUUUAUAUUUAUUCUUGUUCAUUUUUAAGAGGUUCUUCCACUAGUGAUGAUAAUAAUUAAAUCUAUUAAAGAAAUAUGCACCUGUAUAAACAUACUUAAGCAUUUUGUAACAAUUGAAAGAGAAGAAGAUAUCUUCGAGCAGCAGUUUUUCGUCUUAAAGGGGUAUUUCUAUUUAGAAAUAUCGUUUUUAAACAAUUUUUAGGAUAAACGUUAGAGUCUAGAAAGUUUUCAUAAAUGUUUGGUCAUAUUUUAGGAUAACGGAUUUUAAUUGCGAUGCAGUUACCUUUAUUAUCCUUCAAAUUAUUGUUCGUUUCCAGAAUGUUAUACAUAUUCAAGUGAAAGAAAUGUAUUUUGACAAAAUGGCAGUCAUAUAAAUCAAAAUUUCGUAAAAUGUUUUACUUUUUUUUCUUUAUUUUAUCUAUUUUAUAUGAGAAUAAAAUUUACUCGUGCAUCAUUUUCGUAAUAUUUGUAUACGUUUGUUAUUUUAUCAAAUUUAGGCAUACCAGUUCAAGAACAUAUUUUCGAUACUUUACGAAAGUACAAUUUUUUGAUCUUUCGAGGUGGUAGUACCCAUUUUCAGCCUUUCUACCAAAUAUCGAAAUUAUUUAUGUACUCCCGGGUAAUAUUAAUUCUUGCCCUCUAAAAGAAAGUAAUCAACCCCCAAUACCAUCCAAAAUGGCUGCCCGAAAGAUGUUCAGAUUGGUACACGAGCUAAUGAAUUUCUCUUAGCGCUGUAAGAAUUGUAAUGGCCGACCGUACAUGCGCACAAAACCAGAACGAUCGAUGCGACAUCUACUGGCGUGACAUUGCUUAGACAGCGGGACAAUUAUACCAAAUACAUACUAGCAAACGACUCUACACGCGACACAUAAAACAGUAUUACACGUUGAUCUGAUACAGUCCUCUGCGCAAACGCGCGCAGAUGACCGUAGAAGAGAUAGAUGAUGGUUUUUCGUUCGAAAUAAACGUUGGUUAAGGUCUUUCUUACGUCAUGUAUCGUCUCGUGAGAAACAUUAGACGCUUACAGGCAGGCAAAAAGCAUUCCUUUUUGAAAAUCAAUUUCACAACUUCGCUGUGAUUUAACAAUACCUGUAAAGAGAAUGAAAUUUCACAAUCCGCGAUGCUUAAGUGUAGUAUCCCAUUUUGCAUUUGAAUGAACGUGCUACGAAAAGAUCGUAAGUUGGCGACGAUUUAAACACGUCGACUUAUAAAUUUCUGCGUAGUGCAGAAGAAUAAAUCGAAAUUGUGAAAUAAAUUUUCUUUCUUCUUCUACGUCUGAAGUGAUUUUGAAAAUACGUGCGGUACACUCACGCCCUGUUAAAUAAUUCGUUCUAUUAAUGUAUAUAGGUAAUAAUUUAUAAACUACAACGCCAUUUUCUCAUAAUUAACUCUGUCCACUUUGCGUACACGAAUUAAGCGCGCGCAUACCACACGUAUUUUCGAAGACCAUUAUCUCGAAUACGAAUGAUUGGACGAAACGAAUUCCACAUAUUUAAUUUCUGUCGAAAUAAAACCGCCUUUAAAAGGACACAAUUUGUAUCCAAACGCAAGCGCUGUGUUACGAAACGCCAUCUAUGUUAUCACGUUUGACUGAAGGACUAACAGCUUUUUUCUAUGGCAACCAUCCAUUUAAACAGAUACUUAAGGUCAUGACCUUUUAUACAGUGUUUAUUUAAAUUUAAUGACCUAUUUAUAGAGAUGGGUUUUAUAACUUAUUUGUAAAAAUGCAAACCUUUUUCGAUACCUUUAUACGAAAGUUGAUAAUAAAAUGGCCUGUGUAUGAUCUAUGUUAGAUCACUGCAUCGAACACCCAAUGUAUUUUUCACGAGUUAUCGACAGAAAAACCAUAGAAUAAAACUAAGUCAGUUUUAACUAUCGGAAGACCCCGCGGAUAUUCUAUCGCUGAUUGGUCGAUCGUACAUUUAUUAAAUUGUAAUAGUGUCGUGAUCGAUGGACCAGAUUUUAACACCAAGAGUAUCACGAAGUUUUGGGCGAAGAUAAUCGAUAACGAUCGUGCGUAAUCGAACAGAUUUUACAAAGGCAAUUAUCUUGUCCGUGAAUUGUUAAGAAAUAUUAGUCCAUAAAAAUUCUACAUGCAAUCAAACUUUUGAUGAUCGUUAUGGCAGAAAAAGUGAAGCAUACGAUUAUAUUCAUUUAUUGAGAGAAUAAAUUUACGGUAUAUAGUUCAUUUCGAAAUUCUUGGCUCGACAAAUGCCUUUCUUUAUUUGUCGACUGUUCGAUGAUUGUAAUAUAAGUGUGCGUGAACAUACGAACAAAGUAGCUUUUAUAUUGAUAUACUUUGUACUGUACGAUACAGCAUGCUUGUAUUUCUUAAGUAUAAAUGCGUAUAUGUCAAUACAU